GAUUUGAAUUUUUUCGAUUACUAUCUAUGGUUCUCAAUCGACACUUUUAUGAUAGGUAACUAUUUAAAUUAUUUUAUUACAAAGUUUUUAAAAUAACAAUGGAGCCUACUACGGAAUUCAAGUUCCCCAAUCGACUCUCUAUAGCCAAAGAAACGCUGGAAAAUGCUUCAAAAUUGAUUCGCCGUAAAAUACCAAGAGCGGGACAUCUAAUGACUCCUCGACAUUUAUGGAUACAAUCCAUUCCUCCAAAGGCCUGUGAUGUAGUUCUAACAUUUUUAAAAACUACAGAUUGUAAAACCAUUGAAUGGUUUAAAUCUCAGCUCGUCGAAACAACUGAAGACUUGGGUUUAUUAGUAAAUGUUCAAUACCAUUCAUCGACUGAUACUUAUUGUUUCUAUAUAACAGCACCAUUUAAUGUUUUAUUGAAAGCCGCACAAGAUGUACACCUUCCAAAACAAAUUGUUGGUGGUGGCGGAUUACGCGAAUUUAUUUGUUCAGAAAUGAAUAUUUUUGAAGGAAUUGAAAAUACUGAUUGUUUUUUUACAAUGCAAGAAAGACAAGUAUUGAUAUUGUACAUAUUAAACACGCGUAGGGUUCAUAAUUGUGAAUGGCUCACUGAACUUGUGGAAGGCCAGCCUUUAAUUACAGAAUCAAUAUCAAAGGGCAUUGUUGAGCAUCUUUUUCCUGUCCAUGAUACAACAACUUUAAAAUGGUUGCGCAUUAUUUGGGUGAAGUCAUUUUUUAGCGAACAGCCUUUAAACUCUGUAUGCGAUUACUUUGGUGUCAAAAUAGCUAUGUACUUUGCGUGGCUUGGUCAUUAUACAGCUUCAUUAAUUUACCCAGCUAUUGCGUACUCUACUUUUUGGUUUGGGUUUGGAAGACGAUUAGACCAAUGGACAGAAGGUGUGUGGUUUGUUGUAUUGGCAUUUGUUAAUGUUCUUUGGGUAACAAUAUACUUGGAAACAUGGAAACGUUAUUGUGCAGAAUUAGCUUACCGUUGGGCUACAUUAGAUCAAAGACAUCAAUUCUUACUGCAACCUCGAUUAGAAUUUAAAGGAGAACCGCGAAUUAGUCCAAUUACUGGUAAAUUAGAACUGUGGUACCCAAAUUGGAAACGCCGAUUAUUCAGCUAUUUUGUCAGCGCACCCAUCAUUUUCCUUUGUUUGGCGAUAGUGUUUGCCUUAACAAUAUUUCAAAUCAAAUUUCAAGUAAUAUUUUAAUCCACUCGUAGUAUACGUUUCUUAUUUUUAAUUGAAUAUACAUAUACAUAUUUGUAGGAUUGGUGGGAUUCGUAUAUUGAAGCAUGGAACUACCCAACAUGUUUGAGUUAUAUACCGAAAAUCAUGUUGGCACUCGUAAUUGCUUUGCUUGAUGACGUUUAUAGCCACAUUGCUAUCUGGUUAAAUAACUGUGAAAAUUAUAGACUGGAUACUGAGUAUGAAAACCAACUGAUUAUUAAAGUGACUUUGUUCCAAUUUGUCAACUCGUUUCUAUCGUUAUUUUACAUAGCUUUCUAUCUACAAGAUCAAGAAAGACUUAGAACACAAUUGGCAGUACUUUUAAUCACAAGACAACUAAUGCGUAAUAUUAAAGAAUCGGCUUUACCCUAUUUGUUAGAGCAAAUAAGAUUUGCUAAAAUCAGUUUUGAUUUGUUUGGUGCUUUAACACCUUCAGAUGAACCAGCAAAAUGCAACGGUGAACGGAUUGUAUCUCAAUCUGAACUCGAGUGCUCUAUGUUUAAAUUUGACGGUACAUUUUCUGAACAUUUGGAAAUAUUUAUUCAGUUUGGCUAUGUGGUAAUGUUCUCAUCUGCAUUUCCUUUAGCUGCUCUAUGUGCACUGUUAAAUAAUCUAAUCGAAAUACGAAGUGAUGCAUUUAAACUAUGCUAUGUAUACCAGAGGCCAUUUGGUCAAAGAAUCAAAGAUAUUGGAAUGUGGCAUAAUAUCAUGGAAGUAAUGGGUUUUAUUGCCGUGCUAGUCAAUUGUGCAUUAAUAGGUUUAAGUGGUCAGGUACACAGACUGUUCCCCGGUAUGACAGCUAUUCAAAAAGUUUUACUGAUAGUUGCGCUCGAGCAUAUUAUGUUGGCGUUUCGAUGUAUGUUGAGUUGUAUGAUUCCAAACGUACCCCAGUGGAUAGCGACAGAAAUGGCCAAAGCCGAGUACAUCAGGCGUGAAGCUGCAUCUAAAAAAUCACAUUAAGCUAAUUCAAAGAAUUUAAUGUUUUAUUUUCUACCUCCAGACUCAUCAUCACGGUAGUAAAGAAUAAAAAGCAUUUUUCAUUCAAUUAUGUUAACUAUUUAAUGGACGGUAUUUAUUACAAUCUUAGGUGUAGCUAAUUAUAUUUUAUUAUGUAUAAUAAACUAAAAAGGAUAGAUUUCUAUUUAUUAUUGAUAUUUAUCAAUUACAGUUAAUCUAGAAUAUAAAUAAAACUAUUUCUAAAUACAUAACCUCAAUAAUGUUUUACAUAAAAAAUGUUUUUAAGAAACAUCAGUAGGUUUAAUACUAUUUAAACACUGAUACAACUUACAUUUAAAAUAAUGUCUGAAGCUCUGUUCUCAGGGUCACAAAUGUUCAUACGUGCACAGUAUGAAUUUUUAGUCUGGUUAAUCAAUAUGAACUGGGUUUACUGUACAGUAAAAACUGUUACUAUCAAGUUAAUUAUAACUAAACUUUUUUUCUUGUACGGUGUUUAUGGACAUUCGUUCAUAUUCCAAACAUUCACACGAGUCGGUAGCAACCUACCUUCAUGGAAAUUUGUUUUAUUUAUAACCAUUAAAAUAUAUUAACAUGUUUCAUUAGUUAAGAGAUUAAUUAUAAACUAAUUUAAUACAUAUUAAUUGUUACACAUUUAAAAUUAUUUCAAAUAUUUACUGUAUAUUAACUUUGCAUUUAUAUUUCAGUAUGUGUUAUGAAUAAAAGACUGAUUGUACUACUGAA